AUGAACAGCCUGUCCGCAUUAUGUAAGAACAUUGACAUUGAAGCUACAGGGCAUAAUACCUCUCCAGCAAUUUUUCCAAAGUUAAAGACGAUGUGUUUGCAGAAAUUGCCAAAGUUCGAGAGAUGGGCAGAAAACAGCGCAGGAGAGCCUAAUAGCUUGGUGGUGUUUCCUCAGCUGGAACAGCUGCGCAUCAUCGACUGCAACAAAAAUGCAACUUUUCUAGAAAGCCCCGCUCUCACUUUUCUAGAAUGUUACAACAGUAAGCCUGUUCCUAUGGGCAUACCUUUGGGAUCUUCUCCAUCUCUUGUCCGAUUGGACGUUGGGAUGCUGGUAGACAUGGUGAUGCCUGUAAAGGAUCAUCAAAACCAAAGCCAAAUACCUCCGCUGGACUGCCUGAGAAGUUUACGUGUACGAAAUGACAAUGGCUUCAUAUCAAUGUUCAACUCAUCCAAAUUGCAGCUUGAGCUUGGGGAUUGCUUGGCUUUCUUGGAACAAUUGGAAAUCUGGUCAUGCAACAAUAUUUUGCACUGGCCAGUGGAGUUGUUCCGAUGCUUGGUUUGCCUGCGACCUCUGGAUAUUGAAUACUGCAACAAACUAGAGGGGAAGGGCUCAUCAUCCGAGGAAAUCCUUCCUCUGCCCGAGUUGGAAAGGCUAUACAUAUUUAGAUGUGAUAGUUUGCUGGAGAUUCCGAAGCUGCCCGCUUCACUUGGGAAACUGUUUAUUGAAUCGUGCAAAAAUUUGGUGGCGCUGCCUUCAAACCUUGGAGAUCUGCCAAAAUUGAGCCAUUUCAGUCUGGUGGGCUGCGAUGAACUGAAAGCGCUGCCUGACGGGAUGGAUGGCCUCACUUCUCUUGAGCGAUUGACUAUCGAGUAUUGCCCUGGGAUUGAUAAAUUUCCGCAGGGCCUUCUCCAGCAGCUCCGGACCCUCAGAUCCCUGUACAUAUCGGGCUGCUCCAACCUGCAGAGACGUUGCAGGGAAGGUGGGGAGUACUUCGACUAUGUCUCUCCAAUUACAGAUAAAGUCAUACCCGCAGCAACAGAACCCCAAAUGAAGUCCAUGAUGAGGUUCGUCCCCUUGUGUGGUGGUGGCUCUGAGAGUAAUUGA